AUGGAACACCCCUUGCUUGACUUAGUUCAUUAUAUUGAAGCUUUACUGUACUGUGUUUGCCAGGCACUGGAAAUUCUUAAUUCUCAGGCAACCUUCAGGAGGGGUUAUUACCUCUAUUUUACAGAUGAACAGAAUGAGGCUGAGUUGAACGCUGGAGUCAGGAAUGAAACCCAGCUCCCUUCAGUGCCAAAGCCUCUCUCCACUACACAUGCUAUGGCUUCAAAGUCUGGGGAUGAAGGUGGGCAGCCGGUCAGGAGACAGGAAGGAGGUAUGCGCAGUGGGCAAGGCCCAGAGGAGCUGGAAGGGCCUGAGCAACCAGCCGGGGCCUUGCAGGGUGUUUAG